GAAUAAUUUUUCACACUUUCUCGAAUCUAGUUUAGUUCUGAGCUCUAAGUUGGGAUGGUAACGACUUCAUAUGUUUGGAUUUAGGUUCUGCACAAAAAUGAAAAAGGUAUACGACAAUUUAUAGCAGUGGAUGUUGUAAAAAUGAGAUAAUAGUUCCACAAGAUUAUGUGGACAAAAACCUGCUUUACAUUCCAUAUUCGAGGAUAUAUUGAUAUCGGCACCUAUUUAAGUGCUAAGUAAAAAUAUAUAAAUGCUAAGUUGAUUUUUGUAAGUAAAAUUUGUGUAUGCUUAGUUUAACUAUACCAAUUCAAGUAGACGUUAUUAUUUUUCUGAAGAAGUGAAGCAAAAUAUCAUAGAAUUAUUUGAUUGAAGAUUAAAGCCGAAGAAAAUAUAUGAAGUAUUGGAAGAGAGAAAUUUUAAGAUAACACGUAACCAAGUGAACAAUUAUUUAACUCAAUUACGCAAACAAAAAUUUGUUCGUUCUACUUUAAGUUUAGGAGAAUUAGAAUAUUGGUGUCAAGACAAAUCAACAAUACCACAAUCUGAGGAUGAACCAUUUAUAGUUUCAUUUUAUCGUCAUUAUAAAGAUGAUACUGAUCACGAUGAUGAUGAAAAUGUCGUCGAUGAUGGUAAUAAUUUAGAUUCUUUUUGUCAUCAAAAAGAUUACUUCAAAUUGCUUCGAUUUCAACAAAGUUACAUGCUGAUGCCACCUACAAAUUGA